UCCAGCUAGGUUAAGAGGAUAUUGGAUUCCCCUUUGAAAAUGGUAUGGUAUCCUUCCCUACACCCGCCAGCCAUUGCAGUCUAGAUCUGGCGCCUUCCUAGUUCCUAGUAGACAAUUUUCUGUACCGCCACAACGCAGUGUCUAUAGACAUUGGUCUCAGGUUUCAUGUUUAGAUCCAGUCACCGUAACUUUCUCGUCUAUAACUAUGAAGUUCAUCGACUCUUCUCAGCUUCUGCUGCUGCAUACAUGGUGGAUUCCGCAACUCAAGCUCAAAGUCCCCAUCGAACUUUAUCAAAUACCAAUGACAUUGUAGGAGAAACAUCACUUCCCGAAUUUUUACCCUCUUUAGACCCAAAACACUACAUUUCUGGACUGCCCAAUUGUAAAAAUCUUGUGCAAAUCAGACAAGUUCACGCCCAAAUCACUGUCAAUGGAAUGCUCCAUAUUCUUGCUGUUGCAAACAAGCUUCUUUAUAUAUAUGCUCAGCAUAAAGCUUUGGCCGAUGCUUUUGCCUUGUUUAGUGGCAUGAUGGAUAGGGACCCAGUUUCUUGGAGUGUAAUGGUCGGUGGAUUUGCUAAAGCUGGCGAUUAUGAUAACUGUUUUAGGGCAUUUAGAGAUUAUAUUCGAUCUGGGGAGCGCCCUGAUAACUACACCUUGCCAUUUGUGAUUAGGGCUUGCAGGGAUACAAUGGGCCUACAGAUGGGGAAACUGAUUCAUCACAUUGUUUGCAAAUUUGGGUUGCACUCAGAUUCUUUCGUGGUGGCUGCGCUGGUGGACAUGUAUGCGAAAUGCCAGGCUAUUGAAGAUGCCCAGCAGCUGUUUGAUAGAAUGCCUAAAAGGGACCUAGUGACUUGGACUGUCAUGAUUGGUGCAUUUGCCGAGUGCGGGAAUCCUUCUGAGUCUUUGGUCUUGUUUGACAGGAUGAGAGAGGAAGAUGUUGUGCCUGAUAAGGUUGCCAUGGUGACUGUUGUCAAUGCUUGUGCAAAAAUAGGGGCUUUGCAUAAGGCUAGACUUAUUCAUGAGUAUAUAUGGGGGAGGAAUUUUUCAUUGGAUGUCAUAUUGGGUACAGCGAUGAUGGAUAUGUAUGCUAAGUGCGGUAGCCUUGAUACUGCUAGGGAGAUCUUCGACAGGAUGAGAGAAAAGAAUGUUAUCACUUGGAGUGCAAUGAUCGCGGCUUAUGGGUAUCAUGGAAAAGGCCGUGAAGCUCUUGACUUGUUCCCUUUGAUGUUAAGAAGUGGGGUAUUGCCAAAUAGGAUCACCUUUGUAUCUUUGUUGUAUGCUUGUAGUCAUGCAGGUUUGGUUGAGGAGGGUCUUCGGAUUUUCAAUAUGAUGCAGGAAGAUUAUUCCGUGAGACGGGAUGUGAAACACUAUACUUGUAUGGUUGAUCUCUUGGGCCGUGCUGGGAGACUGGACAAGGCCUUGAAUUUGAUCGAGGAUAUGAGUGUAGACAAAGAUGGGGGCUUGUGGGGUGCAUUGCUUGGGGCGUGUAGGAUUCAUAAUGAUAUAAAGCUGGCAGAAAAGGCGGCAAAGUCUCUACUUGAACUACAGCCACGAAACCCAGGGCACUAUGUGUUGCUUUCAAAUAUUUAUGCCAAAGCAGGUAGGUGGGGAGAUGUGGCAUUGAUUAGGAAACAAAUGACAAACACAAGAUUAAAGAAGAUUCAUGGUUGGACUUGGAUUGAGGUGGAUAACAAGAUCCAUCAAUUUGGUGUAGGAGACCGGACUCAUGCCCGGUCAAAAGAGAUAUAUAACAUGCUGAAAGAGUUGGGCAAAACAUUGGAGUUGGCUGGUUAUGUCCCUGAUACAAAUUUUGUUUUGCAUGAUGUGGAUGAGGAACUUAAGCUAGACAUUUUAUACACUCAUAGCGAGAAGUUGGCAAUUGCGUUUGGCCUUAUCAGCACUGCUGAGGGAACCCCUAUUAGGAUUACCAAGAAUCUGAGAGUUUGUGGUGACUGUCAUACAUUUAGUAAAUUUGUAUCUUCCAUUACACAUAGGUUGAUUAUUGUUCGUGAUGCAAAUCGGUUUCACCACUUUAAGGAAGGCAGUUGCUCUUGUGGCGAUUACUGGUGAUUUGACUUUUUCUGCUCAGUACGAAGAUUUCUCAAGGAAUUGAACAACUUGAACCGACAAACUUUGAUGAGGAAGAUGUCAUAUGAUGGCGGUACCCAUUACUGCUUUUUUUGAAGCUAUGAAGAACGCAUGUUUGAAUGGAUUUGUAUAUGAACGAAAACUGCGCACUGAUGCUACAAGGUCUGAACAAGUGUGGGUGAGUUCCCAGCCACCAGAGGCCAGAUUGUUUCAUAUUCACAGCUUGCUGGCUUUGUUUAAUCCUCCUCUCAGCUACCCUAAGUCGAGUGAGCUCCUCCAUCUCACCGGGUCCCUUGAAAGAGGUUUUCCGAGUUGAGUAAUAGACUUCUAUAUUCAGACAGGACAACAAUGGAACGGGUUUGGCACUCUCCCUUUGGCAGUGUGAAUUCUGGAACUGUAUUAAUGUUCCUAUUGUUGCUUUGUUACUGCCAUUAUUGAUGAUAUCCUUGCAAAGUCAUUCAAAAUUGAUGUCUCAAUGUCCUUCACAUUGGUUCUUGUUCUGCUCAAAUACCUCUCUUGCGGAGCAUCUUGUUGCUUUAGUAAUCUGAAUAAAAGGGAUUUAAAGGAUGAGCCUGGUGUUCUCCUAGCUAAACCAGGUUGUAAUAUGCUUUCUGUCUUUAGGAGGAUUGAUUGCCCGCAUAGCUGUAGAAAAGAUUGUCAUUCAUUUGAUGUUUGUAGAUUUGUCAAGCUCGGUUCUCCUCAUGUAUGUACAUAUAUUUGUGGGAACACAUACAUUUCUGAUUAAAAAUUGGUCCCU